GAGCAACAGACACCACAACGACCAUGUCGGAGUGGGUGAUGGCAAGGUUGUUGAAGCAUCCAGAGAUAAUGAGAAAGGUCACUGAAGAAUUAACAGAAAUUGUGGGGUUGGACAACUUGGUUGAAGAAUCUCAUUUGCCCAAAUUACAUUAUUUAGAAGCAGUUAUUAAAGAGACCUUUCGUUUGCACCCACCUAGUCCAUUCCUAUUACUGCGUACUCCAAGUGAGUCUAGCAUCAUUGGAGGGUACCGUGUACCCAAAGGUUCUAGUAUUUUCUUGCAUGCUUGGGCUAUACACAGGGAUCCAAACUAUUGGGACAAUCCAUUGGAAUUUAAACCUGAGAGGUUUCUAAACAAUGCUUAUGGUAGGUUUGAUUAUUCAGGCAACAAUUUUAAGUAUCUUCCAUUUGGGUCUGGGAGAAGAAUAUGCGCAGGGCUUGCACUAGGGGAUAGGACACUCAAAUACAUAUUGGCUUCAUUUUUGCAUUCCUAUGAGUGGAAAUUGCCACAAGGUUCAGAGAUAGAAUUUUCUGACAUUUUCGCUGUUGUUAUGAAGAAGAAGAAUCCAACCAUUGCAAUUCCAACUCCAAGGUUAUCCAAGUCUGAGCUUUACACAGAAUAGUACAAUGCGAGAAGUAUACUCUAUUGCUUUCCAUACUAAUACCUUGUAUAAAGCAUUUUUAUGCACAAUAACUGUGAGGUUUUGAUGCUUCUCACUUCUUGUAGUACUAUAGACAAUGUAAUGAUGGUUUCCAAAUAAUGCCAUUUUGCUUGUCUGCAAAGAGGCUUAUAGGUACACUCACCUGUAUCUAGAUUUGCGCAAUUAUUGGCCUAUGAAUAAAAUCUUACUUUGGCAUUUCCUUUUC